GAGAGAGAGAGAGAGAGAGAGAGAGUUAAGGAGAAUGCAAAGGGAGUGGGGUAGGACUUAGGAGGGGGUGUUGUAGCAAAUGAAUAUCAGCCACUCACAUAAGCCCACUCCUCCUCAGUGCCAUUCCCUCCCCCCAUUCAUGGGCUCACUAAGAUAUCACUGUAAUCCCACAUUAAAUACCACCCCACUAUAAGACCACUAACCUCUCUCCUCCUCUUCUCAACUUCCCCAUUUCCUCUUGCUAAAGACUCUCUCUCACCACCAUCCUUCCCAUGGCUCUCUCCACAUUCUCUCUUCCUGGCUAUGUUCUUGGUGUAAAUGCUGCAGAUCCCCAGAAGGCCACCUCCCUCUCUCCCCAUUUGCUUGGUGGAGUUGAUUUCCAAUCCCACAAGCAUCAACACAGGCUUCCCAAGCCUAGGAGAAAGCCAUGUGUUUGUGCAUCACUAUCAGAGGCAGGAGAGUACCAUGCACAGAGGCCACCAACUCCUCUGCUGGACACAGUCAAUUACCCAAUUCAUAUGAAGAACCUCUCCAUCAAGGAGCUUAAACAGCUAGCCGAUGAGCUCCGUUCUGAUGUUAUCUUCAAUGUAUCAAAGACCGGGGGUCACCUCGGCUCGAGUCUUGGUGUGGUUGAGUUGACAGUGGCGCUCCAUUAUGUCUUCAAUGCUCCCCAGGACAAGAUUCUAUGGGAUGUCGGACACCAGUCGUACCCGCACAAAAUCUUGACAGGAAGACGGGACAGGAUGCCAACAAUUAGACAGACUAACGGGUUGUCGGGAUUUACCAAACGUUCGGAGAGUGAAUAUGAUUCCUUUGGUACUGGUCACAGUUCAACCAGUAUUUCGGCAGCUCUUGGAAUGGCUGUGGGGAGGGACCUCAAGGGAAGAAAGAACAACGUGAUUGCAGUAAUAGGAGACGGAGCCAUGACUGCCGGGCAAGCUUAUGAAGCCAUGAACAAUGCUGGCUAUCUCGACUCCGAUAUGAUCGUCAUUCUGAAUGAUAACAAACAGGUUUCUCUGCCUACUGCAACCCUUGAUGGACCAAUUCCGCCAGUUGGAGCUUUGAGCAGUGCGCUCAGUAGAUUGCAGUCCAGCAGGCCCCUACGAGAACUCAGGGAGGUGGCCAAGGGAGUUACAAAGCAGAUCGGUGGAUCAAUGCAUGAAUUGGCUGCGAAAGUUGAUGAGUAUGCUCGAGGAAUGAUCAGUGGGUCUGGUUCAACCUUGUUUGAAGAGCUCGGCCUCUAUUAUAUUGGCCCAGUAGAUGGCCACAACAUGGAUGACCUCAUCACCAUUCUAAAGGAGGUCAAAAGCACGAAAACGACUGGCCCAGUUCUUAUCCAUGUUGUAACUGAGAAAGGCCGAGGUUAUCCCUAUGCUGAGAGGGCCGCCGACAAAUAUCAUGGUGUGGCCAAGUUUGAUCCAGCGACUGGAAAGCAGUUCAAAUCUAGCGCUAAGACCCAAUCAUACACCAACUACUUUGCCGAAGCUUUAGUAGCUGAGGCAGAGGUGGACAAAGAUAUAGUUGCGAUUCAUGCGGCAAUGGGAGGAGGAACGGGCCUCAACUACUUCCUACGCCGCUUCCCAAAUCGGUGCUUCGACGUCGGAAUUGCUGAGCAGCAUGCUGUCACCUUUGCAGCCGGUUUAGCUUGCGAAGGUCUUAAGCCAUUCUGCGCAAUUUACUCGUCCUUCUUGCAAAGGGCUUAUGAUCAGGUUGUCCAUGAUGUGGACCUCCAAAAACUCCCUGUAAGAUUUGCAAUGGACCGGGCUGGCCUUGUCGGUGCUGAUGGGCCGACUCACUGUGGAUCAUUUGAUGUGACAUACAUGGCAUGUCUCCCGAAUAUGGUUGUCAUGGCUCCUUCAGAUGAGGCUGAACUCUUUCAUAUGGUAGCUACUGCGGCAGCCAUCAACGAUCGGCCAUCCUGCGUCCGUUAUCCGCGAGGGAAUGGUAUCGGUGUCCUCCUACCCCCAGGAAACAAAGGCGUCCCAUUGAAGGUGGGCAAAGGGAGGAUACUUGUUGAGGGCGAGAGAGUGGCUCUUUUGGGGUAUGGAACUGCAGUCCAAAGCUGCUUGGCUGCAGCAUCUUUGUUAGAGAAGCACGACCUUAAGAUAACAGUGGCUGAUGCAAGAUUCUGCAAACCGUUGGAUCAGGCUCUCAUCAGAAGCCUAGCUAAGUCACAUGAGGUCCUUGUCACCGUAGAAGAAGGGUCGAUCGGCGGAUUCGGUUCCCAUGUUGCUCAGUUCUUGGCCCUUAAUGGUCUUCUUGAUGGUAAAGUUAAGUGGAGGCCAAUGGUACUUCCCGAUCGAUACAUCGAGCACGGAUCACCUUCUGAUCAACUAGCUGAAGCCGGCUUGACGCCUUCUCACAUUGCAGCUACUGUGUUUAACAUCCUCGGGCAGACGAGGGAGGCUCUUGAAAUCAUGUCAUAGCCAAGUUACACUUAUAGAGUGAGAACUCUCCUCUAGAGAGAGUGUGCGCGCGCGCGCUUGUAUUUUGUCCUCCUAGCUGUGUAAAAACAUGAUGCAAAUUUUUGUACAGUAUUAUGCGACAGUAAAGCAGUUACAAUAGCCAUUCCUUGGUAAAUAUACUUGUUUUCGGUUGAAAA